UUUACAUUGGACGUAGAACGUAACGUAGACAUAGACGUAGACGUAGACGCAGACGUAGAAAUUCUUUGUGGUUUACAUUGAAGUACUUUUCAGUAUGUGAUCGUGGUCCUUAUAACCAAUCACAGAGCUGCAUCCUUAACCUUACUUUUAUUUCGAAAGUUUAGUGUUUGUUUUGCGAGUAUCAGUGAUUGUAUUUUCGAAUACGAAGUAAAAAGAUGAGCGAAGAAUUAGAUCGUUUGUUAAUUUUAAUGGUGGAGAGUAAUCCUCAUUUAUACGAUAAAAAAUUACCGGGUUUUAAAGACAAGGUACUUUGCAAUAAUUCAUGGAAGUCUAUUGGCGAUCGAUUGAAUGUCAGCUCGGAAGAUGCUAUGCGACGUUGGAAAGUUCUAAGAAAACGUUUCAGCAAGGUUAGGAGACAAAAAGCAAACAUUCCUUCUGGGUCUGGUGCAUCGUCAGAAAACCAGGAAACUGAAUGGUCUUUAUAUAAUACCCUACUAUUUUUACAACCCCAUGUACAAAAUAGAAAGUCAAUUGGUAACUUAGCAUUGAAUGCCAGUCAGAAGAAUAAAUUUUCAGACGAUAUUCUUUAUGUCGAUGAGAACUCACCAGAAACUCAGAUGUAUUGGACGAAUCAGUAG